AUGAAUUUGAUGUAUCUUCCAUUAUGGUGGUUUCAGAAAUUCAUUUUGGAUUUCAAUUGUGGUGAGUUUAGAAUUUCAUUUUGGAUUUCAAUCAUGGUGAUGGAAGGUUUGGGUUUGGAUUUCAGUGAUGAUAACAGCGAAUAUGGGAAGGGAUUGGGGUUGAUUACAAGAGUGGCUAUGGUAACAUUUGACGUGGAGUUGUAUGAUGGUGAUCAAUCAUUUACAGAUAAUUAG